CAUACACAGAACAACAAUGGCUCAACCCUCGUUGGGAGUCACCCCCAACGAAGGUUCUGCCAUUCAAUCAUACCUAUCCAACACUUAUACCCCGUACAAGGACCUACGUGAACUUGAAUUCUCCGCCUCCGCUCGCCCAUCCGCAAUUCAACUAUCCGUGCUCUUGUCCGCUCUCAGCAAGCAUUCUCCACUAUACACCGUCUACCAAUAUCAGUGUUACUGGUAUGCCCAUACUGUCUGGGAGGCGCUCAAAAAGCUCUUCCCUGAUUGUCGUGAAACAAUGCGGUUCCAUUUAUCGUGGGCUGAAUAUCGAGAAGGCAAAUAGUGUGGAAAUGGUAUGUGAGCAAUAUCGCAUCCUGUAGGCGCGCAUCUAGAAUGCAGCAGAAGAGGAGAAAAGCCGAGGAAGAUGAAGUACGGCAGGUGAGGUUCCUCCGGGUAUCGUUUACACUGAUUACCCAUGUAUUUUCACAGUUGAGGAUGGAAGGUAGGGCUCAAUGUCAAACAGAGAUCGAGCAAGCACUAGCGAGGGAAACAGAAGCGACGAGCAAAGCAAAUGAAUAGAUAAGGCAAAAAGAGGAAGCGG